GUUCGCGCUGACGCUUAACACGUUGUUUUAUCUAGCCAUUGGAUUUGCUUGCACCUGAGCAUCAUCGGAGCCGGGUCGUAUCAAAGAACGAGCGCGCUAUGUCGCUUACUACAACGUUUAAGUUGAAUCCGGUAUCUCGAACGGUAGAUAAAGCCAGGUGUGUCCGGUCUUGUGGUUGGGUCCUAACGGCACAUCGGCGUUUACCAGCUCCAGUAAGAGCCAUUGGCUCCGAAAAGCUUUCAGGCAAUGUCCCUUGGGAGUUUGGAUUCCAGUGUAACGAACGCUACUUGGCGUGGGACCAGAGUGCUCAGCUACAACUGCUAAAGCUAGUAUUAAGCCAGAGGCUGGGCUGCUCCCCCGGCGAGGUGGAGAGCCGCACCGAGCAGCUGGCCACACUGCUGCCCGACCUGCUGACGCGCGUGGAGUGCACCCGAGUAGACGUGCUAGAGCCGCUGCUGGCCGACCUGCCCGGCCUCACGGCGCAGCUCAUCGGGCUGCGGGAAUGCCUGCCGGGGGUCAAUCUCAGCCAGCUGGUCGCCAAGUACCCCCGACUACUGCUGGACUACAAGGAACCCGCGGCGCUGGCUGCACGGCUGCAGGAGCUGCAGGCCGCGCUGCCGGGGGUCAACGUGGCGCUGCUGGUGGCAGAGGAGCCGCACCUGCUGCGGGUGGACAUCGGAAACGUGCUGGGCAACUGCAGGCGGCUCAUGCCGGGCACCGACCCGGUGAAGCUGCUGGUGUCGCAACCGCAGAUGGUGCUGACGGCGGUGGAGGCGGGCCUUUCAUCCGCCAUGGAUGUUGAGGGAGGGGCGCCAGCGACCGCACACUGAGUGACGCUGGGUGCAUACGUUGGGUCCAGGUUGGGUGAAAUACCGCCAGGCAAUAAGAAGGUGCUAUUUAAUGGUCGAAUGACGGGGCAAGUAGCAAAUGCGUCGGUGCUGGUGUCGUGGUGCUGUGCAUGGGCUUUCCUGUGUUGCAGGUGGGCAUGUGUCCUUGCUUCUUGAAUAAGCUCUUGAACUUCUCCGUUUUAAAGCGGGGCUGGACUGGCAUAGCAUCCCGUGUACAAUGUUUUAGGAAUAACAUUUGGAUAUUACCGGUAUGGUAUUGCUAGGGCCGGUAAGCUCGCUCGUAUUGCAUCCCACUUGUACGGUGCACCUAUCGGGAACCGUCGAUGCCAUAGCAUGCCACAUUCUACUUGACGGUUGUAACAGUAAUUGCAUG